CGCCGGGAUCCUGCACCUCCGUGCCUGGUGGGCUGCAGUGGCGCUAUGAGGGCUGUUUCUCGGCGGCCAGGGCCGUAGUCAGACCCCUCGGACGUGUUGCGACCCUGGCGGCUCUCUGGCGGACUUCCCUAUCUGGUGGCCGCCGUUAGCCCCCGCCCGCCGUGCCCACCGGGGAGGCCGCGGCGAUGGCCGAGCGCCAGGACCCCAGCAGGAGGAGCAAGUCCAGCAGCCCCCGCCGCAUUCCGGUGAUCGCUGUGGUGCCCGAGGACCCAGAGAAGCAGGGUGCAUUCAAGCCUAUGGACCUUAAUCAUGUCAUCAAACUCCUUGAAGAAAGUGAUAAAGGUGAUUUAGAAGAAAAACAACUUAAAUCUGUCAAGAAACUGGUGCAGUGCUAUCAGAAUGGAUUUCCAUUAAGGGAUUUAGCACAAAUAUUUAAAAUUCUGAAUCUGUGUGCAGGAAAAAUUAAAAACCAGCACCAGUUUGUAGAAUCUGUAUGUGAUAUCUUAAAAUUGUGUAGCUUGCCAUUUUUGAAAAAAAAAGUAUUGGAUGAAGUAACUUAUGCUGAAGAUACUGCUAAUUCAAUUGCAUUUCUGGGUGACUUAAUGAAAAUACCAAGCUCUGAAUUGAGAAUACAAAUUUGUAAGUGUAUUGUCAGCUUUUAUCAUGCAGAACCACCGAAGAAGCAUAUUCCAGGUUACCAGCAAGCCAGUUCAUCGUACAAGGCUAAAAUGGCUGAGGUCGGAGGAUUGGCAAAAACAAUGGUUCAGUCAAUGACCUUGCUUGAAAAUCAACUCAUUGAGAAACUUUGGGUGCUUAAAGUUCUGCAACAUCUCUCAACUUCUGAAGUUAAUUGUGCUUUAAUGGUGAAGGCACAAGCAGCCAGCAGAAUCUGUGUUCACCUCAAUGAUCCAGAUCCCUCUGGACAGCUUCUGUUUCGUUCAUCAGAAAUACUUUGGAACUUACUGGAAAAGUCUCCAAAAGAAGAAAUCAUACAGCAGCUUAGUACCUUGGAAUGUUUAAUGACUCUGAAGGAAGUAUUUAAAAAUCUGUUCAUGAGAGGUUUUAGUCAUUAUGAUCGCCAACUUAGAAAUGAUAUAUUAGUGAUCACUACAAUUAUAGCUCAAAACCGGGGAGCACCAAUGAUUGAAUGUGGCUUUACAAGAGAUCUGAUCCUAUUUACAACUUUUAAUGAAGUGAAGAGUCAAAACCCUUUGGUAAAAGGUCUUAAACUUUCUAAUUCCUAUGAAGAUUUUGAGUUGAAGAAAUUGUUAUUCAAUAUAAUUGUGAUCUUAUGUAAAGAUUUGCCUGCUGUACAGCUAUUAAUUGAUGGCAAAGUGGUUUUGGCUUUACUUACGUAUGUUAAAAAGCCUGAGAAGCACAAAGUAAUGGAAUGGUCUGCAGCACAAUACGAAGAGUUACAGCUGCAUGCAAUUGUGACCUUGUCCUCAGUUGCCCCCUUGUUACUGGAAGACUACCUGUCGUGCCAGGGAAACGCCCGAGUUCUGGCAUUCCUGGAAUGGUGUGAGAGUGAAGAGCCCUUCUUCAGUCAUGGUAACAGUUUCCAUGGCACCAGUGGCCGUGGCAACAAGUUCGCACAGAUGCGUUACUCUUUGAGAUUCCUGCGGGCCAUGGUCCACCUUGAAAAUGAGACGGUGAACGCAGAUCUUUGUGAAAAGGGAACAAUUCAGCAGCUGAUAGGAAUCUUUAAAAAUAUUAUAAGCCAUCCUAAUGAGAAAGAAGAAGCCAUUGUUUUAGAAAUCCAGUCUGAUAUAUUACUUAUCUUAUCUGGUCUUUGUGAACAUCACAUUCAAAGGAAGAAAAUCUUUGGAACUGAAGGUGUAGAUAUAGUUCUUCAUGUAAUGAAAACUGACCCCAAGAAGUUACAGAGUGGCCUAGGCUAUAGUGUACUUCUUUUUAGUACACUGGACAGCAUUUGGUGCUGUAUCUUGGGAUGUUAUCCCUCAGAAGAUUACUUUCUUGAAAAGGAGGGCAUUUUUAUCCUUUUGGAUGUUUUAGCUUUAAACCAAAAAAAGUUCUGCAAUCUAAUACUUGGAAUAAUGGUUGAAUUCUGUGAUAAUCCCAAAACUGCAGCUCAUGUCAAUGCUUGGAGAGGAAAAAAGAAUCAGACAGCUGCUAGUCUUUUAAUUAAACUGUGGAGAAAAGAAGAAAAAGAGCUAGGAGUAAAGCGUGACAAAUACGGGAAGAUCAUUGACACGAAGAGGCCUCUGUUUACUAGUUUUCAAGAAGAACAAAAAACUACGUCACUGCCUGCUAACUGCCCUUCUAUUGCAGUCAUGGAUGUUGCUGAGAAUAUCAGAGCAAAAAUUUACGCUGUGUUGGGCAAACUAGAUUUUGAAAACUUGCCUGGCCUGUCUGCUGAAGAUUUUGUCACCCUCUGUAUCAUACAUAGAUAUCUUGAUUUUAAAAUUGGUGAAAUAUGGAAUGAAAUAUAUGAAGAAAUAAAACUGGAAAACCUAAGACCAGUCACUUCAGAUAAAAGAAUUUUGGAAACGAUUACAACAGCCUCGGAAAACAUUGGCAAGAUGGUUGCUUCUCUGCAAAGCGAGAUGAUUGAAAGCCAAGCACGCCAGGAUGUACAACAUGAACAAAAAGUGUACACAAAAAUACAAACUGCACACAAGCAAAGAGAACUGGCUAAUAAAUCAUGGGAAAAUUUCUUGGCUAGAACAUCAAAUACUAAAACAUUAAAGAAAGCAAAAAGGCUGCAGGAAAAGGCCAUUGAGUCCUCUAAGAACGAGCGACCACAAAAUGCAGUUUUUCACCCAACGGUUAUAAAAGGCCUUAACACAACGGUUCCCUCUGGUCCAGUGGUGACAGUGGAAAGCACUCCCGUCAGAUUAUUGGGAGGACCUCUGGCUGACACAGAUAUUGCUAUAAAAAAGCUUCCUAUUCGAGGAGGAGCGCUGCAGAGAGUGAAAACAGUUAAAACUGUGAAUGAGACAAAAAGGAGUAUUCCAACUUAGUGUACGUUAGAGACUUUUUGAAAUAAAUCCUGCUUAUAAGCUUUUAGGUAAAUAUAUCUUUAUGUAUAACUGUAAAGCAAAUAUUUAAGAAUAAAUAUUUUAGUAAAAUUCUGUAAAAAUUAAAAGACUAUUUUUUGGAAAAUAUCAACAAAUACUAUCAAAAAAUUUGUCAUCAAUUUCUUUUGGAAAGACUGUAUAUUCUCUUAAUUAAAAUUAUGAAUCUAAUAGAUCAAUUGGGACUCUUUUAGUUGCAUCAGAACUACUCCAGGUACUUUCACCAGAAAAUUUGGAAGUUCUGUAUCUGGCAGA